AGAUGGACCACGCACGCCACUAACUUGGCGUUGCAUUUCUAAAUCCGACCCCGCACGCGCCUAUUAAUAAUGGCCGCCAGCUAUAGUGAUGAGCGGUCGCCACUGCUGCGUCCAGGCGUACAGCGCAUUGGCCGCCGCACUCGCCUCCUCGUGAGCGGCUUAGCGUUGUUGCUGCUGUUCGCAGGGGGUGCGGCCUGCGUCGCCAUCGUCCUGCGUCUCCUUCGACCAGGAGCUCUGUCGACCAUCACUCCGCUAGUAUUGUCGGAGGAGGUAAGUACGUGUCCCUGCUGUCUAUUAAUACGUCAGUGUUAACCAGGUUGUGGGCUGCUGCUCUUAGUACGACGCCAUCGUCAUUGGUGGCGGCCCGGCGGGCUCUGUAGUGGCCAAACUGCUGAGUGAUGAUCCAUGGCGACGUGUUCUGCUUGUCGAGGCGGGUAACGCGUCACAGACUCAACUGGGUGGCAAGGUUGGACGAUUAAACCUCUGUAAGAACAGUUGGAGAAGCAACUUACGGAACUUGAUACUGCAGGACGCGAUCCCGUCACCCUUAAACUCGAAGAAAUUGACGCCGUUCGACGUGCCAUUCUACUGGACCAACGUGGCCAACACACCGUCGCUGCAUUGGGCAUAUCCGGACGUGAACGUGGCUAAAGCAUUGGGAGGAUGUGGUAUCCAUAACGCCAUGCUCUAUGGUACAUAACUAUCACGUGCAUUCGUUUAAGAGGUGAGCUUAUUGUUGGAGCUUUUGUGGACUUUUAGUGCGAGCAUUGCCGUCAGAUUUGAGGCGCUGGCAGAUGGAAAAUUGGACGUGGGAAAAGGCUCUGGACAUUUACUUGUCCAUCGAGGACUUUGACGGACCUAAUUCGAGCUAUCACAGCAAGCAGGGAUUCAUUCGGACCAGUCCACCGGCGCUAGCGUUGGACAUGUCCAGGGAGUUUAUCGAGGCGUGUGUUGAGUUGGGCAUUCCGCGCACUGCGGACUUCAACGCCCCCGAUGGACGAUACGGAGCCGGGUAUUAUCACUUCAACACGCGUGACGGUGUUCGUGAAAGUGCAGCCAAGGCGUUUCUUGGGCCCAUUCUGGAUAGCAAGACGGCAGAAUCUAAGCGGGAAAACUUCCGCUUGAUGCUUGAUACGACAGUCACGAGAAUCAGCAUUAAUGACGACAACGUGACUGAAGGGGUGGAAGUACGCUUCGGGAAUGAUACAGGACAGCUAAUUCGUCUUGCUGAGCACGGAGAAGUCAUCGUCACGGCGGGUGCGAUUAACACGCCGAAGAUUCUAAUGCUUUCCGGACUCGGCAAUCAAGAUGCACUCAAGAAAGCUGGCUUGCCUUUGAAGAAGCACUUGCCUCGCGUGGGGAUGAACCUGCAGGAUCAUCCCGUGAUUGGAAUGGUAUUCGAGUACAAAUCACCACGAGUUGUUGAUCUCAAAGCGGAUCUGGACUCGUACUUCACAGCCACGAACGCCAAACACACCAACGUUUCCAGUUUCGGCUUGUUUGGCUCUGCUGGUCUCAGUACUGGAGCAUUCUUGAUCCCUCCAGGAGCAACAUUACCUGAAAUUCAGCUCACUUUGUUCCCGCGAAAAUCGGAGCCGCACAUGUCGAACAGCGCGGGACUUGAUCACAUGACUGAGGUAGUUGUAACCAUCGCACUACUGCAUCCUCUCGCACGCAGUCGCGUGGUGCUCAUUCACGAUGAAAACGACUAUGUUGACGACAACGACAUCGAUGACCACUUGAUCCCUCGUGUCGUGUCGGAAAUCCCGGAUGCCAAACCCGAGCAUCUUAGACACGGCGACGUCUGGAAAAUCUCUUGGGCGAUCGGCGUGGUGCGCGAAAUUGCAGCAAAGCUCGCUGAAAAGAAGUUAAUUGGGCGUGAAUUAUCUCCAGGCGCUGAGAUCACUUCACCGAAAGACUUGAACGACUGGGUGUUCGACAAUGUAUUCCGCAACUCACAUUGGGUCGGUAGCGCGUCCAUGGCAAAUUCAGAGGAAGAGGGCGUUGUAGACAAUCACCUGCGCGUCUUUGGCAUCCAAAACUUACGCGUAGCUGACGCGUCCGUCAUCCCGCUUAUUCCAAAUGGGAACGUGCACUCGACCGUGGUGAUGGUAGCAAACCGUGCCGCCCAGAUCCUACGUGAAGAUGAAGCUGAAUAUCGACGUCAGUAUGACCACGAAGUAAUUAUCUAACAAGUUCAAGAGUGUCAAGAAAUAUGAAAUAUCCUCGUCGCUUUUGCCAAAGCACAAUUUCUUAUGAUACGAUUUUACUAAUGGAUCCUCUGCAUCAGUACAUUGUUGGCGAUAGUGUGGAAGCGAUGGUUUACUGGGAUGUACACCUUUUUUCUUCAACGGGUCGUCUAAUGGGGAAAAGCUGCGUACGCAACGAAGGUGGAUUGGAGUCUCAGCAGAGUCCUGUUUCGAUGUCCGCGGCGUCAAGGUUCUUGCUAGGUUAAUCUGCUCGUCAUCAUGAAAACGAUAUUGAUCGCACUAUGCUUGGUGUAGCGUCAUGGCGGUGUCGACUUGGGUUACGAUCUCUUUCGACAUUUUCGCCGAGAAUUGCGGAGCCAUUUAACGUACCGUGUGAACUUCACAAACGGUAAUCACAUUGUAAAUUAUCUUUUGGAGCCUGUCUUGACGUUUGUUGCUGCUCAGUCAAAAAUCAUGAGCUCGAAUCAGCGAGUACUAGAAAAGUAUUUCCUCUCGUAAUCCAGCGAGCAAUUGACAUUGAUGAGGUGGGUGACGUCGUUGUGCAUAUUGCUAUAGUUGUCAUGGGUGACGCCAAAUCAAGAAGCAAUUUUAUCGUCUCGGUGCACGUUGCAACACCUUCCCGACAUCUUUGGGAACCUGCAAGAGACCUGGUGUCAUUCAACGAUACGAGGGUCAACGCCUUGUUGAUAGCUAGGGACGUGGUAGGACGUGAUCACUAGGCUCAGCUAAACACGUCGACAGGCUCUCAACAAUUAGUGAGGUUCUGCCAGUUCGUUCAUCUCUUCUAUGAUUGGUGUUGCCUAGGUGCAGGUCGCUGCUCAAAGGCGUACUGGUAUUAUUUCUGGGAUUCCCACCACCAAAUAUGAAGUUGCUGUAGCACAUGAAACUGGGAG